AUGGACCCGACCAUGGACAAGGACAGAGCUGUUAGAGUCGACGAAGAAUCUCUGUCUCGAGAGUCAGACACUCCCCAUAAUGUAGUUCGGGAUCAGGACCAACAAGAUGGUGUACGGGUCGCAGAAGCCGUCACAUCGGCGUGGUCCAGAUCUUCGUUGAUCAUGGCUUAUGCCUCUAUGUGGCUCUUAUACUUUGUCAAUGGCCUCAACAGCAGCCUCACUGCGAAUUUGUCUCCCUAUAUCACCAGUGAAUGGUCCGAGCAUUCACUGCUCACUGUGAUUGGCGUUGUGACCAGCGUCAUGGGUGCGGCAUGCGUGAUGCCCAUUGCCAAAGUCCUGAAUCGAUGGGAUCGAACACUUGGAAUGUGUAUCAUGGUCGUGAUUGCCAUCAUGGGCCUGAUCAUGAUGGCUGCCUGUGAGAAUAUUGCAACCUACUGUGCCGCUCAGGCCUUCUACACGGUCGGCUUCACUGGCGUCAUUUUCUCAGUGGACGUCAUCACAUCUGAUACCUCUUCGCUACGAGACCGAGGUCUCGCCUAUGCCUUUACCUCCUCGCCUUAUAUGAUCACUGCCUUUGCCGGAUCACCACUGGGAAACCAAUUCCAUGAGUCGAACUGGAGAUGGGCAUAUGGAACUACCUGUAUCAUUCUACCAGUUGCGGCUAUGCCGUUGAUCAUCGUUUGGCAAAUGGCGAAGCGAAAGGCAGCCCGAGAGGGCCGGCUGCAUUACAAGCCCCGCAGCACGCGGACCUGGGCCCAGAGUGUCUGGUUCUACGUUAUCGAGUUCGACAUCAUUGGCGUCAUGUUGAUGAUUGGCGGCCUCAUUCUCUUCCUCACUUCCUUUAACAUUGCCGGCAACACCGUAGGUGUAUGGCAGUCCCCCAAAGUCAUCGCCAUGAUGGUCGUCGGAUUCGGCGUUCUCCUCGCUUUUGCAGCUUAUGAGCGUUGGGGCGCACCCAAGCCAUUCAUUCCCUUUGAGCUUCUUUGCGAUCGUACCGUCAUCGGCGCCUGUCUGCUCGACAUUACGUACCAAGUUUCCUACUACUGCUGGGCAAGCUACUUCACCUCCUUCCUGCAGGUUGUAUUUGACACCAGCUUCACUCAAGCCGGCUACAUUGCUGCCAUCUUCGACUUUAUGGAUCCCAUCUGGCUUCUCGGUUGUGGAUACUUGAUUCGAGUCACGGGCCGAUUCAAGUGGCUCCUGAUGGCCGCGGUACCCCUGUAUCUCCUGGCCAGCGGAUUGAUGAUCUACUUCCGUUCACCUGGUCACAGUGUCGGGUACAUGUGCAUGGUCCAGAUCUUCCUCGCCGUUGGCGGUGGCACCAUGAUCCUCAUCGAGCAAGUUGCCGUUCUGGCUGCCGCCAAGCACGAGAACUACGCUUCCAUGCUGGCUCUCCUCAGCGUCUUCGGUAACUUGGGCGGUGCCGUUGGCAACAGUGUGUCCGGCGCUAUCUGGACAAACACGCUGCCUCAGAAGCUGAGACAGAUGUUACCAGAUGAGACCAAGGAGAUGUGGCAGGAUAUCUAUGAGUCCUUGGAUGUCCAGCUCAGCUAUCCUGUAGGUGACCCAACUCGGAUUGCCAUUCAGAACGCGUAUGCAUCUAGUCAGCGGAACAUGAUGAUUGCAGGAACUGCUGUGAUGGGGUUGUCGAUUAUUUGGGUUCUCAUGAUGAGAAACAUCAAGGUAAAGGACAACAAGGACGUGACAAAGGUUUUGUUCUAG